GUUUUCAAACAUCUGAACGCCAACUAGACAAAGGUGCACAGCAACUGCAAUUUCUAACCUUGUCAAGGCACUUCAUGAAUCACAAAAUUAAACAUUUCGAACAAAAAUAGAUUCUUCUGCUUCCAACACAAAUAAACACCACUCAAUCUACCUUGUACACGUGACUCAUCUCUUCAUCCAACACUAGUUGAGUUCUUAGCUUAUUGGAGAAAAUUUGUGUUGAGGCAAAUUUUGUUUCCUUGCAUUAUCACCUCAUAACGGGAUAAUCAAAGUGUGAUUUUUGAUUUUAGAGAGAAGAGAAGGUGAUGGUGAUGAAGCAGAGAGAUGAAGAGCUCUCUUUGUUCCUCGAGAUGAGGAGGAGAGAGAAAGAGAACGAGAAAAACAACCUUCUUCUGCUUCAAAACUCUGAAGAACUUGAUUUGUCCAAUUUGGAAUCCAAUCAUGGGGCCUCCAUGAUUUCCAAGAUGGUGUCUUCGGUGCCACCAAGGAAGAAUGGAAUUGAAGAGUUUUUGAAUUCAGAGAAUGACAAGUCUGACUAUGAAUGGCUUCUUGCACCCCCAGAUGCACCUCUUUUUCCUACUUUAGAGAAAGAGUCACAAAUAUCAGUAAAGAGUGAACAGGAGACUCGUAAUGCUCGCCCAACAGCUUUAAAACCUAGGGUAGCUAAUAUCCAAGCAGAACCUGCUUCAAGAAGCCAUGUAAUUUCUAAGCAUCAUGCAUCAAUGCCAGGACUAGGUUCUUCCACAAAUGGUAGUAGGAGACCUUCAUCAUCUGGGGGUCCAACCUCAGCCACUUCAAGAUCUUCAACUCCAUUUGGAAGGCCAACAUUACCUUCAACAACCAAAUCCUCUAGGCCCUCUACACCUACUUCCAGGGCCACCUUAACAUCUGCAAAGUCAACAGUUCCACCAGUGAGAUCAUCCACUCCUACAAGAUCCACUUGCAGGUCCUCAACACCUACAACAAGGCCUUCCUUGGCACCUCCAAAGACAUCUCAAAGAUCAGCAACACCAACACUUAGAUCAUCAACCCCAUCAAGGGCAUUUGGAGCAAAUGCUCCUCCUACUAGACCUUCAUCAGCUUCAAAAGCACGCCCUGGCCCCAUAGUUGCUAAGAAUCCGGUGCAGUCACGCGGCAGCUCUCCCUCGGUGAGAUCUAGACCAUGGGAACCCUCACAAAUCCCUGGUUUCUCACUUGAUGCCCCUCCAAAUUUGAAGACAUCAUUGUCAGAUAGACCAGCUUCAGCCACUAGGACUAGGCCUGGUGCACUGAAUUCUAGAUCAUCUUCUGUUGAUGCCAGCAGCAAUGCAAAAUCUAGAAGGCAGGCAAGUACCCCUUCCAAAGGAAGGACUACCACAGGGUUGGUCCACAAUAAUCACACCUCUAUGCAAGUUUUGAGUAGAGCUCGUUUCACUGAUGGUGAUGAUGAAAGCCCAGUUGUGAUUGGAACAAAGAUGGUUGAAAGAGUAGUGAACAUGAGGAAACUGGCCCCCCCAAAACAUGAAGACCAUCAUUCUUCUCGUGACAAUUCUUAUGGAAAAUCUUCUUCUGGUAGCUCUGGAUUUGGAACUACACUUUCAAAGAAGUCUUUGGAUAUGGCAAUGAGACAUAUGGACAUAAGGCGAAGCAUCCAAGGUAAUCUGCGGCCUCUUGUGACAAGCAUUCCAGCUUCCUCUAUGUACAGUGUGAGAUCAGGUAGUUCCUCAAAGAGCAGGACAGUGAGUGCUUCUGAUUCUCCACUUGCCACAAGCAGCACUACCAGCUCUGAACCAAGUGUUAAUACCAACUCCAUGUCUUAUGAUGGAAGUGGGGUUGAAGAAAAUGAUUUUGCAUGUGAGAGGGGAAACUCUUGAUGGGAGUCAUCAAUCCAUGAUGGGCAAAGCAUGAUCAUCAUCACUGCUCUUGCCACUUUAUUUGUAUGUGGUACAACAAACAGCACACGCACACACACACACGUGUGUGUGUAUAUAUAUAUAUUCAUGUGAUACCAUGUUUCCAAAUAGAUGUGCUAGUGAAGAAAGUUUGUAGUAUAGUGGUGCAUUGCUCUGUGCCUACUAGAGUUGUGAUACAAUAGAAGUGUGCCUCGAGACAUAUUAUGAGCUUUAUUUAAGCGUGUUUGUGUCACGAGGAUUGUUUGUACCGAACCUUGAACUACCAAUUGACAAUCUCGUUCAAUUUUUGCAUACUAAA